AUGUCUGAUAUAGAAAAGGCAUCGAAUCACAAGAAGGUCACGGUUGCCUACGAUGUACAAGAAGUCGACCAGGCAUCUUCGUUCGGAGAACAAUUCAAUCGUCCAGAACAUACUCACCGGACUCUUGAAAGAAGACAUAUUAACCUCAUAGCUAUUGGUGGAGCUAUUGGAACGGGUCUCUUCAUCACCAUCGGAUCUGGAGGUUUGACCACCGCUGGUCCUUUAGGGUUGCUCUUGGCAUACUUGUUCUGGACCACUGUGAUCUUGAUGUUAACGGCAUCUGUUGGAGAAAUGGUGUGCUACUUGCCACUUGACUCGCCAUUUCUCACCAUGUCUGGCCGUGUGGUGGACCCCGCGUUUGAAUGUGCUGCCUCCAUCAAUUUCUGGUUGAUGGAAAGUUUGUAUAUUCCGUUCGAGAUCACCGCUGUCAACAGCAUGAUCCACUACUGGAGAGACGAUUACUCCCCUGCCAUCACUUUCUGUAUCCAAAUCUUCAUUUAUGCAAUGCUCAAUAUAUUUGCUGUGAAGGCAUAUGGUGAAUCGGAGUUUUGGCUUUCUAUUGGAAAGUUGAUUUUAUGUAUUGGUCUUUUGUUCUUCACUCUCAUCACAAUGAGUGGAGGUAACCCUAAGCAUGACGCAUUUGGCUUUAGUAACUGGGGUGCAAAGGGUGGACCUAUUGCCGAGCACCUUACCACCGGCUCCAUGGGUCGUUUUCACGGGUUUUUGGCUGGUAUAUUCUCGGCCUGCUUUGUGGUGGUAUCUGCUGAAUAUCUUAGUAUGACUGCUGGUGAGGCCAAAAAUCCCAGAAAAACCAUGGCCUCUGCUUUUAGAACAGUUUUGGCUCGUUUGAUUGUAUUCUACAUUGGAGGUGCACUUUCUGUUGGAAUCUUGAUUGCCUACAAUGAUCCAGGCUAUUUGGUGGCUACUUCCGAGAGUUCUAACGCUGCUGCCUCUCCAUAUGUGUAUGCUAUGAAGAACUUGGGGAUUAAGGUACUUCCAGACUUGGUGAAUGCCAUUAUCGUGACUUCGGCUUUUUCUGCUGGUAACUCAUACGUUUAUUGUUCCUCGAGAGUGCUCUAUUCACUUUCUCUCAAGGGCUUUGUUCCCAAGAUUUUCCGCUUCUGUACCAAGAGUGGUGUUCCUAUUUACUGUGUGUGUGUUUCCAUUGCAUUUUCUUUCUUGUCGUUGUUGCAAUUGGGCAGUUCCGGUACCAAGGUGUUAAACUACAUGGUGUCGUUGUGUACUGGUUCGCAAGUGCUCAACUAUGCGUUCAUGGGAACUACAUACUUGUUCUUCUACAGAGCAUGCAAGGCACAGGGUAUUGACAGAAGCCAAUUCACCUAUCGAAGUUGGUACCAGCCAUACACUGCCAUCUUUGCUACGGUGAUCUUGUACCUUGUGGUUGGUAUUUUGGGUUACACUGUCUUCAUGCCAGGAAAUUGGACUGUUGACUCUUUCUUGUACAACUAUAUCAUGUUGUUCAUUGCCAUUGCCGUCUUCCUCACAUGGAAGUUCGUCAAGAAGACAAAGAUGAUCAAGCCAGAAGACGCAGAUCUUCAGACUGGAUUGGCAGAGAUAGAGGAGCAUGAAUAUGAGAUUUAUGCUGCCGAAGGUGGAGAGGGAAAGAAGAAGACUGUGGUGGAUAAGACCUUGGGCUGGCUCCUUUAG